CGUGUUGUGGUUCAAAUUGAAUUGGAAACUGCAUUUUGGAAAAAAACGCUUCCAACAUGAUAUCGUUCAACGGUUGUAAAACUGCCUCGCCAAUAUAUGCAAUCAUCGGUUUAGCGGCAAUCAUUUGUGUCACAACCAUCCAAGCAGAACUUCGACAAGUGAACGUGGUGUUCAGACACGGUGACAGGACACCGGACAUCGAUAAUGAAGGGUAUCCAAAUGAUCCGUACCUCAAUUUUAGCUACGCCCCGAUGGGUCGAGGUCAACUGACUAAUCAAGGUAAACGGCGGGAAUAUCAGUUGGGAAAGAUUAUGCUUGAGAGAUACGGAGGCUUCAUAGGGAAUACGUAUACGCCGAAGUCUGUGUCUGGUCUUAGCUCCGAUUAUGACAGGACGAAAAUGUCUUUGCAACUCGUGCUCGCAUCGCUAUUCCCACCGAGUAAACAACAAAGAUGGAAUUAUCAUUUGAAUUGGCAACCGAUUCCUGCGAGAUAUUUGCUCCGAAUAGAAGACAACAUUUUCCUCGCCGAUGAAUGUCCUCUAUACUUGGCAGAAUACGACAGAGUACUGCGAUCGCCUCAAGGAAAAAGCGGAAUUUCAAAUUACAAGGACUUUAUGCGACAGCUCACAGAAUGGACGGGAAAAAAUAUAAGCACGCCAUUGGACAUGUAUUACAUCUAUCAUACAUUAAUGGCCGAAUAUUCAUUUGGACUCACAUUGCCAGAGUGGGCGUAUAAAAUCUUCCCUUACGGUGAAUUGUGGAAUGCAACCGUAUUCUCGUACGAUAUUGCCAGCUCUACCCCUUUGCUGAGGAGACUCUAUGCAGGACCGUAUCUGCUACGUGUGACAAGAACUAUGCUGGAUUUUGUAACGGGUACAUCAGAAAAUGAACGACUGAUGUAUUUGUACAGUGGCCAUGAAACUAACAUUGCUGCCGUUCUACACGCUUUACAGGUCUAUAAACCCCAUGUUCCUGAAUAUUCUAGUGCUGUGUUUAUGGAACUCCACGAAAUAGAUAGCCAAUACUAUGUUAAGGUUGCCCAUUAUUUGGGCAUUCCAUCAAAAGUGGAAGAAGUCCAGUUACCGAACUGUGACCUUCUGUGCCCUUUGGACAAGUACUUGCAAUUAACCGAGGAAUUGAUGCCGUCUAAAGAAGAACUAGUGUGUGACAAAGGUUUAACCAAAAAAUACGCAGAUGAAAAGUCACCAGAGGAACUAGAUUUGACGAGAUACAAUUUGAUACGGACUGCAAGAGCUUAUAAAACAGAAUAAUUAUGAAUUAAAAAUUUAAGUGUAACCCUUUGAGAUGAUUUUCAUCUCGUUGAACCAAAGACAAGAUA